AUGGAAGGAGAUCAAUCAAGAAUGCUUUCUGGGGAUGAGAUUGAUGAGGCUUUGAGUAGAUUAUCUGCCUCCAGAAUGUCGUACUUAGAGGAGAUUUUGCGUUUGAAUAUAAGGAGUUUGAUGAGAAUGUCAUCGAUGGAGGAAACUGAAAGGGAGGAUACAGAAACUCUAAGGGAAAGUAUUGAAAAUAUAAGGAAGAGUACAAAGGCAUUUAAAGAAGCAACGGCGGCCAUAUUAAGGAAGAAGGUGACAAUUGAUGGUGACCACCAUGAUGAAUCCUUAUGCUCUAUAUGCAUAGAAGACAUGGCAAUUGGAACUGUGGUUGUUCAGUUGUCUUGCUCUCAUAAAUUCCAUAAGAAUUGCAUUGCCGAGUGGCUCAAAAGGAAGUUGACAUGCCCCUUCUGCCGUUUCGAGUUGUCAAUCAAAUAG